AACAAAUUGUCUUUUGCUGACUAAAUCAUUGUUCCCUCGUGUCUGAAAUGACUGGAUGACAUGAAGAUACACAUAGAAUAAUAUAUAUUUAAUCUCCUACACAUCCCUUCAAGAACUGUUAGUGGAGCAUCCCUCCUGUGACACUGCUAAUGGGCUCAGUGAACUGAAGACCUGGCACUGUAUUUUUGCUGUUGUCUAUCCCAAUGUUCUGCUUUUGUCUGCAGAAUUCUUUGUUGAAGCUACAAACCCUAGAAACUGACUUGUGCUCUGCAUUUUUGCCAGCCCAGGAAGAAAUUCCUCAGCUACCGGCUUCCAAGGAUCCAGUCCCUUCAUCUGUUCAAUCUAGUGUGCAAGAUGAUGGGGCCAGUUAUGGAGAGCCUGUACCAGCCCGUAGAGACUGGCAGAAUGAUGCAGACAAUGGCCCAGAAGACCAUCACACCCAAGGGACAAGUAGAUUAUUGUAUCACAUUACUGAUGGAGAUAAUCCCCUUCUGUCACCACGCUGCUCUAUCUUCAGCCAAAGCCAGAGGUUUAAUUUAGACCCAGAGUCUGCCCCUUCUCCGCCAAGUAGUCAGCUUUUCAUGAUGCCAAGAAGUUCUUCCAGGUGUAACUGUGAGGACAGAAAAGAACUACAGACAGUGGCACAACUUACCAAACAUCUUCAAAGUCUCAAGAGAAAGAUUAGGAAGUAUGAAGAGAAGUUUGAACAGGAAAAAAAAUAUCGACCUUCAUAUGGUGACAAAACUUCCAAUCCCGAAGUUCUGAAAUGGAUGAAUGAUUUAGCUAAAAGUCGCAAACAACUCAAAGAAUUUAAACUCAAAAUGUCAGAAGAACAAAACUGUGCUUCCAAAGCACCCCAAAGAAAUGGGCAACACCAAAGCACUGGAAUAAACAAGGAGAGUGGGAAACAGGAAGCAGCAAGUGCUGAACCAGUGUCAUCAGUGGAAGAAACCAUGGAUACUGUAUUGAAGAAAUUAAAAGAGAAGAGACAACAGCUUAAUGUCCCCGAGACCAUAAAGGUAACAAAAGAACAGAAGAGUCUUAUGAAGCCUCUGUAUGACAGAUACAGAAUUAUUAAGAAACUUCUUGUUACACCAUCUUUGAUUACAACUAUCCAGGAGGAAGAAGAUUCAGAUGAAGAUCAUUCUCAAAGCAACCGGGAACUAUCAUCCAGAUCAGCAUCUUGCUUUCCUGUUGAGGAGCAUCUAUGUUUUUCACACGAGGAAAAUGAGCCUGCAGUUAUUUCACCCUUGGAUGAAAAGAAGGCAUUCCAGCAAACAGCCCUGUCUUUAUCCAACUUACAUGAGGCCACAAUGCCGGUGCUGCUUGAACAUCUCAGAGAAGCAAAAGCAGACAAAAGAAGGCUUCGCAAAGCCCUGAGAGAAUUUGAGGAACAGUUCUUCAAACAAACAGGAAGGAGUCCACAAAAGGAAGAUCGCAUACCAAUGGCCGAAGAGUACUCUGAAUACAAGCACACAAAAGCCAAAAUCAGGUUCUUAGAGGUGCUCAUUAAUAAGCAUGAUGUUGUCUAAACAAUCUGAAGAUCGGAAUUCUGUGUUAUGCAGUGCUACUGUUUCUCUAGCAAAAAAAAUAGUUUUACAAGUAUAAGUUUCUGCACAGUUAUUGGACACAAUGAGAUUGUGAUGCACUUUAAUAGUUAUAUUAUCAGGUGUGGAGGACAGCAACGUGUAAGAGUAUGUAAACAGGAGCGAAUGGCUUGCACUUUUAGGGGUGGGGUGGGAAGGUUUGAAGUGCACUGUAAUAAUAAAGUUAAAGGAUACUGUGAUGUAGUUUAGGCUCUCAAUCAGACUUCUCUAUUUUACCAUUUAUAAAAUGUCAGGGAAUGCUCUCCAGAUUCCUACACACAACAAACAAAUCCACUUCUGUGUCACCAAAAAAAAAAUAUCAUGCACUAUUAUUAAAUACUUCUGUAGGACCUAAAAAUGAAUUUACUCCAUCAGGGGAAACAACGUUAACUUAAAUCACUGUGACCAAAUUCUGCCAUGAGAUAUGUAGGUGUAGCUCCCAUGUGCUUCAAGUGUAUCCAUGGACUCUAGAUUAUUGGAGUGAAGCAAACUGGUGUAGGUGCAGAAUUAAAGUAGUAAAAUAACUGCUAAAUGGAAGCGUGGUUUUUAGAAAUGGGAAAAAAAAAUACCUGUGUUAUUUGGGAAAUCAAAAAAGAAACAGUGAGCAGGGAAGGGAUGCUUUUUUACUGGGCAUGUAAAAGGGUACUAUAAAAAACUGUGGACAUGAUAUAAAGAUCCUGGGUGUUGUCCUUUUAAAACCAGUUGGUUUAUAGUAUCUGAAAUAAAAUUCAGCAAAAUAAAUGAUUCAUACAUGAUGAGUUCUAUUUCUGUAUUAACUUUGCACUUUAUUUUGCCUGAUUUUGCUUUUCUAACUACCAAAGCUCUUUUGGAAGCAUGCACUUUGUAAAAUGUUGAAGUAUUUCCUGUGCUAUAAUUGCCAAAUAUCUAUAUUAUGACAAUGAUGAGAACAGUUUCUUGCAUUAUGAUAAGAUAUUUUGGUUAGAUAAUGUAUGCAGUAUAUAUUCAAGUGUCAUGAUUAUAAGAUGAGUAAUACUAAUCAUCUUCUUUACUAAAGAUAAGACGAUAAAGCUAUUUUUCAUUGGAUUUCAGCAUCUUUUUUAACUUUUAAAGCAGCACACUAUAUUAAGGGGAUUUUCUCAUUAUUUGCAAUAGAUCAUUUGUGUGUAGAGUUGGCUGUUUAACAGAAGGAUUGUUAGCAAGUUGUACUAGAAAGUCACUGUACUAGUUCUGGAAAGUAUUAAUCUAAUUAUGGAAAACUGAAAAAUUAGGUUAUGUUGCAUCAUAAAUUUCAUUUUUCAUUUAAAAAUUAUGCUGUUUCAUUUAAAUUGCCAUUUUGUAUUAACACAGAGCACCUGCUUUCUAUCUUAAUAGGAAAAGGAUCUUUUUUUACAGUCUAGUAUAUAACAAUCAUGUUUGUACUUUACUAUAUGUGGUGGUUCAGCAUGAUUUUAAAGAAGUAUACAUUUUUAAAUAGUUUGGAGGUAAAGGACAAGUGUUGUUUUUAUUUAUGUGAUAUUUGCUGUUUCAGUGUAUUGACUUGAUGAUUUAUAACUUUUAUUAAUCAGAAUGAUCUCCAUCAUAAAUCUGUUUUAAUUAGUCAUUUAAGAACAACAGGAACAGAUAUACAACUAUUUGAAGUUUACAAACUACAUCUUUGAUACGAGAAAAUGGUUUCAUGACAU